AUGUCGAACUUCGUAAAGUGUUUCGUGAACCGUUUACCACAAUGGACUGUAACGGGAGAGUUUGGAUUAAAUCAGGAUCUGAAUUUGAAAGAUUUUUUGAAAUCUAUGGUUGAUGACCACCGUCAGAAUCCUAGAUUUGAAAUUGAGGGAUUUGAGUUAAUCAAAAAUGGUUUCUCGUUCAUUGUUCGGAGAUUCUUGGAGAUAAACGGAAGAAAAAUGAGCACAACAUCGAAAUUCUAUGCAAAGCAGAGAAACAAUGAUGGGUUGAAAAUUGAGGAAGGAGUUUGUGAAACCCUAUUAUGA